AUGCGCUGGAGUUUGGCAUUGGCGCAGGUUCUGGCGGGGCUGGCGCUGUGGAUCGGCGGAGGCUCCGGGCACAAACCCGCAGGCUGGUGUAGAAAUCCGAGUCUUUGCGCGCCCUUACCCGCAGACCAUCAGUUCCAAGUGGAGAAAACGUUUAAUGAUAAACUUGAAACUUUGAAGAACCUACCUCAGCUACUCAUAGAAAUUGCACAAGUCUUUCACCGUGAAAUACCUGGAUCCCAGGUCUCAUUGGGCGUACCUUGGUCUCCUAGUUGCGAGAGUGGCCGUUGCUAUAAUUAUGCAGAGGUUGCAGAAGCCUGUGAUUUUCUCCUUGUCAUGUCCUUUGAUAUGUGGCGUCAAGGAUGGGGUGAAUGUUUUGCAAAAUCAAGUGCUCCCUAUCAGAAAGUUUUAUCAGGCCUCUCGGGAUAUAUCAGUCUAGGUGUUGAUCCCAGAAAGCUCAUACUGGGAGUUCCAUGGUUUGGUAACAACUAUGAAUGCAAGCACUUUUUGAGGGCAUCAAAUUUUAUUGUGAUACAGCCCAAUGUUUUUGUAUUCGUCAGCUUGCUAAUAGAAACUCUGAAGAAGUCCUUGACCAGUGACAUUGUGCUCCUGAAGGCUCAGAUGCUGCAGCCUGGCAGAUGUGAAUUGCUAAAGAUUCCUUUCAAAGGAGCUGCUUGCAAUCCUCCAGUUGGAAAAAUGGUUCAAUACAAAGAGGUCAUGCAGGAGCUGCCCAAGUCAAUUACCGGCAGAUAUUGGGAUGAUAAUUACCAAUCCCCAUUUUAUGUUUACAAGGUUGAAAACUUGUACCACGAAAUCUGUUAUGAUGACCCAGAGAGCCUUUCACUAAAAUCAUCUAUCAUGAAGAAAUUAAAACUCCAUGGCAUAGGUGCAUUGUUUGGAAAUAGCUUAAACUACAGUGCAAAUCCAACAGCAGUAAUGCAAACCGAAGAGAUGUGGAAUGCUCUGUGUAAAAUGGAGAACUUGAACCAUUUAAUCUUCAUAUUAGGCGAUUAUUUAGUUUUGCUGGUAAACACAGAAAAAGAUAAGAGUACAACACUGGCAGGGAAAUAUCAGGACGCAAGCAAAAUCCAGAUCAAAAGGCAAAAGGGAGGAGGAAAGUGA